AUGAAGAACGGCUCCGCACCAGGACCGGACGGUCUCCCAGCGGAGUUCUACCGCACGUUCUGGCACAUUCUCGACGUGCUCGGUGUCGGGCCGCAGCAUACAUACUUUGACGACUCUCACACGCGACAUCCUGGAGUUCACACGCUCCCGACGGCGAACGGGCUUCUCGUGUCGUUGGACCAAGCCAAGGCGUUCGACCGCGUCGAGCACCAAUACCUGCUCGGUGUUCUCGACGGGUUUGGCUUCUCCUCCGAGAGUGCUCAGCUGUUCGCAGCCUUGUACAGUGACUUGCGGAGUGAUUUGUUCCUGAAUGGCUCCUUAGUGGCACGCUUUCCGGUAACGCGAGGAGUUCGGCAGGGGUGCCCGCUGUCCCCGGUACUUUUCGUCCUCAGCUUAGAGCCCUUCCUGGUUGGAGUCGACAGGCACCCCAGCAUAAGCGGACUUGCUCUACCUGGGCCCGGUGAAAAAAACAAAUCUCUCUGUAUCGGGGCUCCCCCCACGUGCCCGCCAUCUCCGCCGCGAGCCCAGUCCGUUACCAUUCUUGGAAUCUCGUACGACGCCUCCGGCGUGGCUCCGGAGACCUGGGCCAACCAGCGUCAAGAGAUCACAGAGAAAGCCGCUGAGCCUGGCCAUUACGACUUCCCCAUGGCUGUGCGGCGGUACCUUGUUCAGACGGUUUUCUGCGGAAGGUUGUGGCAUGUGGCCCGCGUAGCCCUCCCGCCGCGCCCCUUCAUCCUCCAAGUGCGCUCGGCGUUGUUUACCUUCUUCUGGAACAACCGCACAGAACUCGUGAGGCGCUCCCGCUUAUGCCUCCCCCGCUGUGAAGGAGGGUGGAGCUUUCCGUGCAUCGAGCUGGCAGCGCCCAUACUGGCCCUGAAGACAACCCUGGCAAUCCUUGACGACCACGACAACCCAGCACGGCCACUCACGCUCUACUUCCUCGGCGCCAAUAACCGUCUUUUGGGAGACUCUCUUCCGAGCCCUCUUCGGCCCCUAGCGGAGACGACCCCUGCAUUUUACAGGUCUACCGCGGAUCUCUUCGACACGCUCAGCGUCCACGUGUCACGAGAGGAGAUACUCGAGGCCCCGGCGUCUAGGCUUGUUGAACGCCUAGUGGUGGCAGACCAACCCCCGCCGCCGCCGGGCACGGUGCAGCCGUACCCGUGGCUGGCACUGACGUCGUCCACGCUGCCGGACCACGUGCGCGACUUUGAAUGGUUAAAGGGUUGGGGUGAGCUCCCAACAAAAGACAGACUUUUCCGCUGGGGAGUGGUACGGGACGCACAGUGCGUCAAUUGUGGUGCAAUAGAAACAAACGCGCACGUCGUGAGAGAGUGUGUACCGGCGAGGGACCUAUGGCGCGUAAUACAGCGCUCGUUUCGAGGUCUCGGGGUGGACGUAUACGUCACACAAGGCCGUUGCCCGCGGGGCGCCUUUGCGCUGGUACUAGUGGCAAUAUGUGAGUGGGUGCUGUGGCGAAACCGUUGUGUCGCGACCGCCCAGCGACAACGACGCCGCGCGUUGUGGCCGCUGUUGUGGGACAUCCGAAAAAAACUCACCGCCUACCUGGACGACCAGCGGUUCUCCCUUGGCGAACAAGAGUUCCUCCGCCGGUGGUCGUGCCGCUACCUUUGUGUGGUGAGGGGUCGCGUCAUGAUCAACUUUUUAAUGUUUAAUGGGCCUUAA